AUGAACUACGUACGGAUGAAGUUGUUCCUGCAGCUGGAAGCAGUUGACCGCAGCUGGAGGGAUUGGGAGGACGACGGCGACUGGUUCUGGGAGGACGGCGGCGCGAACCCACGCGUGGCGACGACGACUUCUUCAAGAGUGGCGGCGAUCGUCGACGACCCAAGCAGCAUGGGUAUCUAUAUAACUCGAUGGUCGGCGAAGCGGCUACGUGAGAUAGCCAACACCGUCAAAGAGAAAAAGAGGGAUGUCAUAAGCAAGUCCUCUUUCGGGGAUUUGCUUCAUAUCUCCCCUUUACCACCUCCUCCAGAAGAACUUGUCGAUUUCAUAGUCAUGAGGAUUGAUACUAAGAAGCGGCUGCUCAAGUUAAGUGACCACAAGAAAAUCCAACUCACAAGGGAUAUGGUUAAGAAGCUAUUUAAUGUGCCAUCCGGAAGCAAGCCACUUGAAUUUGGGAAAAGGGGGAAAGCAGAUUUCCGUGAAAUUUAUUUGGAAGGCGAAAGGGCUCCAAUACCAACCACAGUCUCUGUCCUAUCAAACGCUCAUGAUGACGAUGAGGAUACCAUUAAUAGGACAUGGAUUCGACUUUGCCUUUCGUUGGUCCUAGCUCCUGGUACCGGAAAUAUGGUGCCUUUGGAAUAUCUGCACACUUUGCAAGACAUGAGUGUUGUCCACGAGUUUGAGUGGGAUGAGCAUAUUCUGUUAGACGCGAUGAAGGAAGUUAAGAAAUACCAGGAUAAGAGGAAUGAAGGCAAACUAAAAUCCAUAUUGGCGGUAAUUUACAUGGACCACAUUGACAUCCAAAGAGGAUGUAUAGUUGAUCAUACCAUCGAUUAUUCUCUUCCACGGGCUUGUUUUGUGAAGGAGUUGGAUUUCACCGCUGUUAUUGCAGUUGAUACCAUUGAAGAUGGUUUCGGGAAGCGCCCUUUCAGCUCCACUUCACCUUACGCAACAACCAAGUUUCUGUCAUACAUAGAGCAGCUUGCCAAGUUACCCAACAAAGCUAGUAUGUCCGCAACAGAGAUUCCCGAUAUGGUUGGUGCUGAUGGCGUCCAACAACCAACAGAAGGUGCUACAAACAAAGCUGAUGGCACAACACGGAAUGUGCAUGAGCCACCUCCGAAAAACACGGAGGGUGGUGAUGAUGUGUGUGGUUCUUUGGAGGACUGGCUGCACCCUCUACCAACAUUUGACGAAUUAGAGCUGCCCCCACACAUGCGUGCUAUAUUCAACAAGCAUAAAGACAUCCAUGCUGCAGAACUUAAAGGUGCAUUGAGCUCAUUUGGGAGUUUGUUGGAGGGCAUCUACCUCAAAAGAAUGGGCCUGAUGUUGUCUGAAGCAUCCAAAGCUGGAUUUAGGAGUGACGAAGCGAAACAUGAUGUCACUUUUCAUGCAGCAGCAGCUCCCGCUCCUGGCAUGUGCAAAGCAACUGCUAAUGACUCGUCUCCGCAACAGCAGAAGAAACGGGAUACUAAUACAGGAACUGUCAAUGCAUCUGUCACAAUUUCAUCUCCACAGCAGCCCAAGCAGCCUAACAACUUGGAACAAGAAGCAUGUAUUGAUGAUACAAUAGAGGAGGCACAGGUUGAAGUCAGCAGCGGGCAAGGCCAUGAUCAGAAGCAUCCUACACUUAAGAGAGCUGCACCGACCGAAUCAACCGCAGCAAAGUUGCCAAAAAUGAAGAAGAAAAAAAUUGAUGCAAUGGAUGAUGCGAUAUAUGAGAGCAACGGGCUCAAAAAGCGGGCUCAUGUGAACAAUGAGGUGAUGUCACUCUAUAUUGAAAGUUUCAACAUUGAGCACAUGUACAGUUCAAGCAAGCCAAGGAAGUUUGCAUUCUCACCACAUGUUGAUGUGAGUUAA